CUGGAGGACCGAUGGUGCACCAACAGGACUCUGUGUGGGUCCAGUCCGGUGUUGUUAGCUUUGGAAGGCAAUUAUGUGAUGAGCCUGCAGUCUUCACCAGGGUGUCCCGUUAUGAGAGCUGGAUCAACUCCCACAUCAGCACUGACCAACCAGGCUUCGUCCAAUUCACCUCCAGUGGGGUAGAUGCUGACAACAGCUUCUCUUGUUUUCCCACGACAACCACUACAACAACUGCUACCACCACCACGACAACAACUACCGCAACAACAACUACCACGACAACCACUACAACCCAGCCCGCUCGUCCUGCCCCGACUGUAGUGCUGCAGGUUGUCCUCACCAUCGUUUACACCGAGGCGCUAAGCAACCCACAGAGCCAAGAAUUCCAACAGCAGGCUGCUCAGGUCGUUGCUGUGUGUGACGCCAUCUACCGGACACAGUAUGGAACCCUCUUUGUGAGGACCAUUGUGGUAGCCUUCAGGCAGAGUUCUCGUAACCGUGUGGAUGAUGUGGAGACAGACGUUGAGCUGGUCUUCAAUGAGAAUUCUACUGAGUCGCUGCCGGAGAGUGCGGACAUCGUGAACACCCUGAAGGAGGCUGUGAGUGACCCCGCCUCCAAUUACACACUGCCCGUCAAUGUGGACUCCAUCAAGGUCACCAGUGCUCCAAGGACCGCAUCCAAUGUCCAGUUUGCUACCAGUGACACAUUCAACACGGCCUUGUCCAACUCCAGCUCCACAGCGUUUAGGGACCGAGCUACACUCAUCAAAGGACAGCUGGAGCCCUUCUUCAUUGAAGACUUCAGCCCUCUCUUCAUCAGCCUCAAUGCCAAAUCCUUCAGCAAUGGCUCCAUCAUCCACGAGACGGAUUUGACCUUCACAGCCGACGGGACUCUUCCCAACAGUACGGCCAUCUACAACACUAUGCUCCGUGCAGCCCAGAGUGGAAACCUCACUUUCACCAUCACCACAGUCAACGGCACAGCCACCUCCUCAAGCACAGCCACUGCCACACCAGCUCCUGCUCCAGCAGAUGGCGCCACAACCACAGCCCCUGCCACACCAGGUGUGGUCAGCAGUGUGGGCAGUUGCUUCAGCUCCUCGAGUCUGGUGGUCAUCUCUCUAUUGGUGCCACUGCAGUGGUUGGCUCAAUGACCUGUCAAUCAUCGAAGUGCCCAAUGACACGUGUGAAAUAACUCAUGGCGGACCCGAUCAGAACUUAGCUUCAAAUAGACUUCCCCUCAGAACCGCCAAACAAGGCCCCAUUUGGAAGCUGGUUACCAUAGAAACUCCAAACAAGGGCCCAUAUGGAAGCUGGUUACCAUAGAAACUCCAAACAAGGGCCCACAUGGAAGCUGGUUAAAUAAAAUUGGUCUGUCCUCUCUUUCCCAUAAGGCACUUCUCCUCUUUCAUGCAGGCACCAAUUUAGAGUGUCUCUUGCACACAUACUUCUCUUAUACAGUAUAUCUACAGUAUCUCUCUCUUUUGUUAUCUCUCUCUCUUCUCUUAGAGAUCGCUAUUUUUAUAGCCUACAUGCCAUCCAACUAGCUAAACACAACCAAUCAAGGCCCUAUAUGGAAGCUGGUUUCCAUAGAAACUCCAAACAAAAGAGCCCUGUUGAACACUGAUCUUAGUCAGGUAUGGUGUGAAUGUAGCACUGAUCUUUAUGACCAAUAAUUAACAUGACGUUCAUCUGUUUACUUAUAUCCUUAUUUCAUUAAUUUCUCAUUUAAUUUCUUCUUAAUGUAAACUAUUAAACACAAAUACAAAUCACAAGAUAAGUCCAUUGCAUCAUUCAAUACCGC